CUCUUAGGACGUACGAUAAGGGUGGAUCACGCAUCAAACCAGACUAAGGAUGGACAGCGUAGAACCGGAAUGAAUGCGGCACCGGAAAUAAUUAAAGAUGAUUCAGCAUCACCGUCUGGCUCUAGCUCCGAGGAUGAUUUUGCAGACAAAAUUGAUCCUGAUGAUCCCAUGAGAGAUUAUCUUAUCAAAAGGCAUAAAAAAGAAAAGAGGAAAGCGAAAAAACAUAUAGACGGACGAUAUGUCUUGCAUUAG